AUGCGGUGGCUCCUUGUUCCCACCAUCUUCAUCAUCCCUUAUACUCAACAGCCCACCGUGUGUAAGUUUUUUCACAGUCCACCAGAGCAGCCUGGAGAUAAACCUUCAGAAACCGGUGAAGUCCAGCGCAAGGAGGUUUGCCGCUGGCCGUGCCGAUGCCCGCCGGUGCCAGCCUGCACCCCUGGGAUCAGCCUGGUGAAGGACGGCUGUGGCUGCUGUAAGGUCUGUGCCAAGCAGGCAGGAGAGCCCUGCAAUGAAGCAGAUGUCUGUGAUCCCCACAAAGGACUCUACUGCGACUACUCGGAAGACAAGCCUAGGUAUGAAACAGGCGUGUGUGCAUAUCUGGUAGCUGUAGGAUGUGAGCUCAAUGGAAUUUUUUACGCCAAUGGGCAAACCUUUCAGCCUAACCGCCUUUAUAAGUGCCUGUGUGUCAGUGGUACAAUCGGAUGUACCCCUGUAUUCACACCAAGAUUAGCAGGAAGUCCCUGCACCAGGGUCCCAGGCAGGAAAAAGCCAGGACAAUCCAUCUGCGGCCUGGAACAGCACAAGCAGCUUCAAUCAACCAACUACAGACUGAUGUCAGCUUACAGAAGCUUACCACUAGUUUUGAAGAAAAAGUGCCUCAUACAGGCAACUGCCUGGACACCCUGUUCCAGGACCUGUGGGAUAGGCAUAUCCAGCAGAGUGACCAAUGACAACAGAAAAUGUGAAAUGAAAAAAGAAAAGAGAUUAUGCUUCAUCCAGCCUUGUCUGACCAAUAUGCUGAAGAAAAUAAAGAUUCCAAAGGGAAAAACAUGUCAACCAACUUUCCAGCUUCCAGCAGCAGAGAAGCUAGUUUUUUCCGGAUGCUCAACUACUCAAAGAUACAAACUAACUUUCUGUGGAGUGUGCUUGGACAAGAGGUGCUGCAUUCCUAAUAAGUCCAAAAUGAUCACUGUACAGUUUGAGUGUCCCAAUGAAGGCUUCUUCAGGUGGAAGAUGAUGUGGAUAACAUCGUGUGUGUGUCAGAGGCUUUGCAGUGCUCCAGGAGAUAUAUUUUCCCAACUCAAACUCCUAUGA